UUAUUAAUUUGCUCUAUUGUUUAGUCUUUAAGGGUUCAAUGCAUUGACGUAAUAUGAUCAACGAUAAACGAUUAAGAAGAUACUUCUAUGACAUAGAAAGGAUAGUAAAAAGAGAAACAAAAUGUUAUUUACGCGUAGAGAUAGCAGCGCCACCGCUUGUCGUCAUAACAACAUAUCAUUGGAUCAUCCGAAAAAGAACAAGACAGAAAGAUCAAAUGAUUUUCCAGAAAACCUGAAGAACCUGGAAGUGGAAAUAUUAGGUGCCGAAAACAGUGAAGUGUCUGAACCUGUAUAUCGAAUUCGUCCGCAUCUUUAUGAUAAGUUUAAGCCUUUAAGCGCAAAAGAAGUGAUACACAAUGUAUUGUUUGAUCAGCUCUCUACAAAAACAUACAAUGCUCAGGAUGCCGUCCAAUGGACCAAAGAUAUAGCAGACAUAAUUAAAGAAAAAAUUAAAGAAUUAAAAUUUAAGCGUUACAAAUAUAUCAUAAAUGUAGUCUUGGGGGAACAACACGGCGCUGGUAUAAAAAUGGGAACAAGAUGUAUUUGGGAUGCAGAGGCAGAUGCAUAUGCUUUCGACAGUUUUAUAAAUGAUACCAUAUUUUGUGUAGCUACUGUAUAUGCUAUAUAUUUUUAUUAAAAUGAGUAAAAAACAUUA